CAACAGAAAUUGGAACUCCCGUGCCGCUGCCGCUGGGCUCGGGCACUCAGCCAGCACCAACCAAGUCGUUGGCUCCGCCUCCGCCCUGCUACCUACUCGCCAAAACCUGGCCGAAGUCCCCGGCGCGGCGCAGAAACCCUUGGACGAAAAGCUCGCAGCCAAAACCCCAUCCAUCUGGUCAUCGCCGGCCACCUUUCCCAUUUUCCUCGGUGACAGCGUAGCGCACCGGAAGGAUCUGAGGACGUUGCCGUCCACUCCACGCGGCCGGCCUCCGGUGGCGUCAUCCUGCACUGCACCGCCUCCUCUUCCUCGGUUGUCGGUUCCUCCGGUCAGACCAAGUAGAGGAACAGUUUUGAGGCAUAAACUCUUCAGCACUUAGUUCUUGAGGCAUCAGAUACUACAUUCCCCAGUGCACGCCAAAUUCUGGUUCAGAGCAGAGGAUGGCAACGCAGCUAGUCUUUUCCAAUGCUUCCAGUUGCCGGUGCAGGUUAAGCAUUUGGCCGAACAAUGUUGGAAAAACACUUCUCGGUAACAGUGCAAGGAAUUUUCAGAGAAAGAAGUGGUUAUCUGGUGGUUCUUAUCGCUCUUCUCGAUUCGAGUGCUCUGGAAACUCCCAUCGAGCUGGGCCACGGCGUACCAAGGACACCUUAUUUGACCUUCACCCUGAGAUCCCCAUGCUUUAUGGAGAGGAUAAUGGUGCAGCUACUGUGUCCGGCAAGAAGCAGGGUAUUGACAAAUCCGCUGAAAGAUUGGUAGACACUUCUGCCACGUACCACUACAAUGAGCCCAGGAUUAAAGUCAUUGGCGUUGGAGGUGGUGGCUCCAAUGCUGUGAACAGGAUGAUUGAAAGCUCAAUGAAGGGGGUGGAAUUCUGGAUUGUGAACACUGAUUUUCAGGCUAUGAGGAUGUCACCCAUUGACCCAGAAAAUAGGUUACAGAUUGGCCAGGAACUUACACGUGGUCUUGGUGCUGGUGGGAACCCAGAAAUUGGCAUGAACGCAGCCAAGGAAAGCCAGGAGUUGGUAGAACAGGCAGUUUCUGGUGCUGAUAUGGUUUUUGUGACGGCUGGAAUGGGAGGUGGGACGGGCACUGGUGGGGCACCUAUUAUAGCAGGGAUUGCAAAGUCCAUGGGUAUACUAACUGUUGGAAUAGUGACAACCCCAUUUUCAUUUGAGGGAAGAAGGCGGGCUCUUCAGGCACAAGAAGGAAUUGCAUCCUUGAGAAGCAAUGUUGAUACACUGAUUGUAAUCCCAAAUGACAAGUUACUGACUGCUGUAUCCCCUAAUACUCCCGUGACAGAAGCAUUCAAUUUGGCAGAUGAUAUUCUUCGACAAGGUGUUCGUGGCAUUUCAGAUAUAAUCACUGUGCCAGGUUUGGUCAAUGUGGACUUUGCUGAUGUUCGAUCCGUUAUGUCAGAUGCGGGUUCAUCUUUGAUGGGCAUUGGAAUGGCAACAGGUAAGACACGAGCCAGAGAUGCUGCACUUAAUGCCAUACAGUCUCCUCUACUUGAUAUUGGUAUUGAAAGAGCAACUGGAAUCGUAUGGAAUAUCACUGGAGGGAAUGAUCUAACCUUGAACGAGGUGAAUGCGGCAGCUGAAGUAAUCUAUGAUCUUGUUGAUCCUGGUGCAAAUCUGAUUUUUGGCUCUGUUAUAGACCCAUCAUACACUGGUCAAGUGAGCAUAACUCUGAUCGCAACUGGAUUCAAAUGCCAGGAGGAAAGUGAGAGCCGAUCUGGGCAGGCUGGAGGAGAUAGCAACCAUACCCGCGCCAGUUGGUUUUCUUCCACUUCCCAGGAGGAUGGACCUGCGUUACAGAUUCCAGAGUUCCUACAGAGGAAAGGGCGUUCAGGGUUUCCCCGAGCCUGAGUGCUAGAUUAGUUUGGCUCACUGCUUUUCUUUACUAUGGGGGUUUGCCACAAUUUUUUUUUACAGAUUUUUGGUAGUCUGGUACGUACAAGUUUUUCUAGUUGCUAUCUAGUGCCUGUUGGCGAUAUUAUUAGAGGCUUGGAGCAGACAAUUGAACCUUGACUGUAGUUUCUGAACCUUCUCUUAUCUUUGUGCUACCAUCUAUCAUGCUAUGCUGUCUGAGUGGAUUGGCUAAGCUUCCCGCUGUUUCUCAGUAGCCUGUAAGAAUCAGGAUCGGAAAUCGUAAUUCCGACCUGUUGAUGGUGGUUUAUGAGUAUGAUGCAUCGGAACAUGAUGAAUAACUUAGCACCAGAGGGCAAAUAUAACGUGCCGUGUGUGGCAUUAUCGCUA